AUGAUGUUUCUCUCUCUCAUUGUGAUACUCUUAUCUUACACUACAAUUUUUGCGACAGGCUAUGGAACUGUAAUUGAUGCCGGAACUCGUGAAUGUUACGUAGAGUCUGUUGCGGCUGGUGGAUCUCUUGCGUUUACAUUUCGCGUAACAGAUGGUGGUUCGUUUGAUGUGGAUGCUACCAUGCAUGCCACGACGUCCCCACCGCUGAAUGAGAUUGAAGAGACAACACGAUUACACUUUAAUAAACAACUGGAAUUUUUGCGUGAUAACGCCACCACAGUUCUUGUGAAUGAGUGGCGACGGGCAAGUGAGGGAACGCAGACGUACACCGCCCCAUCCGCUUCCGAGACCAAACAUGGAUUGCCAGCAGAAAUUACCGUUUGUUUUGAUAACUCCUUCUCUCGGGUAUCACCAAAGUGGGUGCUUUUUCAGUUCCUCAAGCGUGAUGUGCCGGAGAUAGAUCCCGAUAGCCUCACCAAAGCUGAGGCGGAGAUUGAGAAGAAAUUGCACAGAUACGGCAAUGUGUUGUUCGAUUUGGCAACUGUAUCCGAACGUCUACGACAAAUGGGCGAAUCCGAUCGUGUAAAGCAUGAAUCCCUCGCCGGUAUUAUCACAGCUGGGUUGGUGGGAAAUAUUGUGAUCUUGCUUGUUAUGGCAGUAUAUCAAUACACCACUCUGACACGCUUUCUCAUGCGUCGUAGGGCAAAGUAA